UUAUCUUUUUGUUUUGAGAUAACAGUUGAUUUACAUACUGUUGCAAGAAAUAAUACAGAGAGGUGGGAUGUAUUACUGGAAUUACCAUUUUCUCCCAGUAGUAACAUCUCGCAAAACUACACUGCAGUGUCACCACCAAGCCAGAAAUGCGGUCCUCAGACCUGGCUUCUCAGCAAUUAGCCCUGAGAGGGAAGAAUCGGCUGGCUCCUGGAGAUAGACCGGAGCACACAGAGCUUGCCCACACCUUCCGAUCAGUACCUUGCUGCCCAGGAGCCUCUUCCAGCCAGCCUUCCUUCCCAGUCCGCUAUGGCCACUUCCAAUAGCAGUGCGGGCAUCCGGUGGUCCAGACAGGAGACUCGGACCCUUCUCUCCAUACUAGGCGAGGCUGAGUACAUUCAGCGCCUCCAGACCGUGCAUCACAAUGCCGACGUCUAUCAGGCCGUGUCUAAGCGCAUGCAGCAGGAAGGCUUCCGCCGAACCGAGCGUCAGUGCCGCUCCAAGUUUAAAGUCCUGAAGGCAUUAUAUUUAAAGGCCUAUGUGGCCCAGGCCACAAGUAUGGGUGAUCCACCACACUGUCCAUUUUAUGACACACUGGAUCAGCUUCUCCGAAAUCAGGUGGUGACUGACCCAGACAACUUAAUGGAGGAUGCUGCUUGGGCCAAGCACUGUGAUCAGAAUUUAACAGCCUCCGACACCCCAGGGGAAGAGAGAACCAGCAUCCUGGGACCAAAAAGAACUCAGGCGGCAGAUCAUCAGCCUCUCUUGAAAACAGUUAAGGAAUCAGAUGGGAAUUGUCAACUGAGAAUCAGCGACCAGGUGCAAGAAAGCAGUGACCUUGAGGACUCCUGGGAUGAAUCCUCGGGUGCAGGGUGCUCUCAAGGGACCCCCAGCUACAGCAGCUCCCACCACCUUUUCAGAGGUGCAGUUGCUCCCUGUCAGAGCAGCCCCAUGACCAGACAGGGUGUGUCUGGGGAGCCCAGCCCCUGCACCAGCACCGGCCGAAACACUCCCGGGGUGGCCUCUGCACAGCAGCCUCCAGGCUCCUCCUCCAGAGUUCCUUUUGUUUCCGGGGGGGACAGGCCCUUGACCAGUGAGCCCCCUCCCAGGUGGGCGAGGCGAAGACGGCGGUCAGUGGCCAGGACUAUUGCAGCCGAGUUGGCAGAAAAUAGGAGAUUGGCCCGAGAACUUUCAAAGCGGGAGGAAGAGAAACUGGACAGGCUGAUUGCCAUUGGCGAGGAGGCCAGCGCUCAGCAGGACACGGCCAACGAACUCCGCAGGGACGCCGUGCUCGCGGUCAGACGCCUGGCCACCGCCGUGGAAGAGGCCACCGGUGCUUUCCAGCUAGGGCUUGAAAAGUUGCUUCAGAGGUUAAUUUCAAAUACCAAAAGUUAGGAAGACUUCACACAAGGGUGUGUUUCCUACACUGGCAGAGCCCAGGGCCAGCACCUGCCUUCUGGUACCCGGGCUCCUUGUCCGUGUCCUCAGAAAAAAAGAGUGGAUGGACUAUUACUGUGCCGAGUGGUGGGAAUACACGUACCAGUUGCUUCUCCCACAUAUUUCCACGGGCUGAAAGACCUUUCAGAAAUGUGAGAGGAGGCCUAGGAGAAACCGGAUGGAGCCAAGUCCAGAGAGCUCGUUAGCCCUGGCUUCUCAUUAUCGUGAGAUAGUUUAGUUUACCUCCUACACCAGUUUCCUCAGCUGUUCAUAGGAGACAACCUGCCUACCUCACAGGGUUGUUGUGAGGACCAAGUGGUUAAUAGAUGUGAAAGGUUAAAAGUUUAAAAGCACUAAACACUUGUAAGUUAUUAACGCAUAUGACCUUGGCCCAGGUAAGGCCAGGGUGAGGCACAGUAGUUGACAAGAUGUAGAUUUAGGGUGUAGACCAUGACCUCAUUGCUUGAAUCUUUACUAGUUUAACUUGACUGCUUCCUGGAGUUUAGAGAGUUUCUUUAAAUUCCUCUAUAGUUAUUAGGCUAAUAUAGAUACAACCUGCAUUGGAACCUUUAUCUCCUAUAUUUUCAUGGCUGUGUCGGUGACCUGCCCACCAGUAAGCACUUGGUAGUCAAACCAUCUUUCCCUCCAGUUUACUAGUUCUUAAGUUUCUUACCACCAUAAGGAUAUAAUUCAGAACUGACAGGGAGCCACAGUCAGGCAUUACGGUUCACAUUGAUGAUCUUUGGUAUAAUGAGAAAGUAAUUGUCUUAUAAAAUACUGCAUGUAAGUAAAUGCAUCCCAUAUUAUUUGGCUUUCUUUAUACACAUAUAUCUUUUAAGUUUGGUUUGCCAUUUGGACAUCAUGGAAAACAAUUCGGAUGGCAUCACUUUCCCAAAUGCUUUUAGCUAAUUUUGUUCUUCUGUUAGCCUUUUUCUGUCUCGUAUGUCACAGGAAGGCAAGCCCUAGAAAACUUUUCUUCUAGGGGACUUUCCAAAGUCACUUUUUUUCUCAAGAGGUAGACAGACGUUCACCUUGUCAAUGGCGUAUGGUGGAAGGAAACAGCCUUGGGAACAAUUGCGGGUGGUGUGGAUAAGGACUGCCUGCAAUAGAUAACUCCUUUUAAGCACAGACCCUCAACAAAUACAUCCCCUUUUCCCUCCAAGACACACACACUUCCUAGAGGAGCUAAGAGGGUGUGGAGCCAUGCUUCCCACUGACAUGGAAGGGGAGCCGUCACUGGCCAUCAUUAACCUAAUUUAAGGCUCUCAGUGGUUAUUGAGUACUUUCAGGAAAUACAAAAAGGAGUCUUGGAGUUUGAAAAGUUUUCCUCUGAUCUAGGGGCUGAAAAAAAGGUGCAGCAUGUUGAAAGAAGUUUUGUUUUACAUUUUUCAGAGUUAGUUGCUUCCCUAAAUGUUAGAAAUGUAUCUGGGUGGAGAAACAGUCCCAAGCACAGUGGGCACAUAAGCCAAAACCAGGACUAGAUGGCGGGCAUGCCGCUCUGGUGAAUGGGUGAUGAUGGAGGUAGCAGCUGGGUGAGGUAGGAUACGCCAGAAUCCAGUUAGAACUCCUGGGUUCUGAUGCUCUCACAGGUUGUUACACCGAGCAAAUCGCUUGCCCUUUUUGUGCCUCAGUUUCUUUUUUUCUAGAAUGAGAGGUUUGUACUUGAUGAAUUUCUCAUACCUCCCAGUUCAAAAACAUUAAAUGAAUAGCAUGACAAAAGGCCAAGUGAAAUUUGGUUGCAAUAUUUUCAGUCACAGCAGCCUAUUAAUAUAUGUUUGAAAUACUGAUAACAAUUGUAUUUUAAGGAUGCAUUUUCUGGUAUUAAUAUUUAUGAAUGUACUUAAGAACUUCUAAAGCACCACACCAGACAUAGGCUCCUUGCCAUAAAGGAGCAUAUAUGUAAGGCUUUGAAAUAGAGAUAUAUAGGGGUUCCCCCCCCCCCCCGUUUCAGGCCCUUACAUGGAGGGAUACAAGUCUGUUAUAACUGGAUAACACUACUGUAGAUAGCUAGACUUUCCGGAAAAACAGGAAAGUACUUGAAAGAGUUUGGCCUGCACCGUAUUAAUCUAUUAAUGGUAGCAAAGUCUACAGGCAAGAAUUUAUUUGAGAUAAGACAGAAGUCGAGGUGAACUUUGGAGGUCGCAGUGUGGGAACCUAGUGGGUGGAGUACCUUUAAGGUGGGAAUAAAACUAGAGGGGAAGAUACUAAAGAAGUAGAAAAACAGGUGAAAUCUCAUUCAAAGGAGGGGAGUUGUAAUCAGGGGAGGCUGUAGGAAAACAGGCCCAGAAAUCUUGCCUGAGCUCCAGGCUCAACCGGGACUCCCUGUCCUUCGAAGGCAGGUCACCUCACCAUUCUGAACCUCAGGCCCCUCACCUAUGAAGUGGGAGGCUGGCCUGCCUACCUCACAUGGGUGGUGUGAAGAUCCAGGGACAAGAUGACUGUGAAAACACUCUCAGACAUGGUGGGCGCUGCACUGUGACUGGGGGGAGGCAGCCCUGUAGCUGCGGUCACAUUGCAGGAAGGAGGAGGGGAGUGGCCUUGCUGUGAAGCUUGUGAUAAACACUCUGCCUCCUGAAGCCCAUGACAUGGAUGGUGCUGUGUAUGCCAACCUCCCACCACCCUCUGUCUCUGUGAAGUCACUUAAUCCUGGUGUGGACAAAUAAAGUUUUUAUUUGUACAUA